AUCCAUGACAAGGUUACAUGAGUAUCACCUGAUUUGACAGUACUUAUAAAGAUAACUUCGUCUGCAAGCAAUAUUAAGCAUCAUAAUAAAUUAUAUUCUGAUUUGUUAGAUACAUACCUACAACGGUAACAGUGAUGUUGGUACUGAUGGCUCCACCAAGAAUGGCAAUACAUUUAUACAGUCCAGACUGAGAUGCAGCUAUCACAAGGUGUCUCUCCAGGCCCCUCCCAAUUAAAGACUGGAGAACCAUUCACUCCAGGGGGAAGAAAGAUGGAGCAGGUCAGUGUGAGAGUGUCUCCAGCCAUGAUGGGGGAGGGGGGAGUGGAU